AACUUAAAACUUACAAAAAAAGGCGAAAAAUAAAAACCCUUCUCGGCCUUAGGCUUGUUCGUGUACUUACGCUCUCUCCUCUUCCGCAACUCGCCCCCACCCACUUUCUCGUCUUUACUCUCUCUUCCAACAGUCUGUAAUUAGGGUUUUCAUAGAUCGUAGCAGCCAUGUCUCUUAGGCCUAACGCUAGAACUGAGGUUCGUCGCAACCGAUACAAGGUUGCCGUUGAUGCAGAUGAAGGCCGGAGAAGGAGAGAAGACAACAUGGUUGAGAUCCGAAAGAACAGAAGAGAGGAAAGCUUGCAAAAGAAGAGAAGAGAGGGUAUGCAAGCACAGCAAUUUCCGACCUCGAUUCACCCAUCUGCAGUCGAGAGAAAGUUAGAGAGCCUCCCCUCUAUGGUUGCUGGUGUUUGGUCUGAUGAAAGCAGUUUACAGCUUGAGGCUACUACACAGUUCCGUAAACUGCUCUCAAUAGAGCGUAGUCCACCCAUUGAGGAAGUUAUCCAAUCUGGUGUUGUUCCUCGCUUUGUUGAGUUUCUUAUGAGAGAAGACUUUCCACAGCUUCAGUUUGAAGCGGCUUGGGCUCUCACAAACAUUGCCUCAGGAACCUCGGAUAAUACAAAGGUUGUAAUUGAUCAUGGGGCUGUCCCCAUCUUUGUGAAGCUUCUUGGUUCUCCUAGUGAUGAUGUUCGGGAACAGGCUGUGUGGGCACUUGGAAAUGUUGCUGGUGAUUCCCCUAGGUGUCGAGAUCUUGUCCUUAGUCAUGGAGCCUUGAUUCCGUUGCUUGCACAGUUGAAUGAGCAUGCAAAACUUUCUAUGCUCAGAAAUGCAACCUGGACACUAUCAAAUUUCUGCAGGGGCAAGCCACAGCCUCCGUUUGAGCAGACUAAGCCUGCCCUUCCGGCACUGGAGCGCCUUAUUCAUUCCAACGAUGAAGAAGUCUUGACAGAUGCAUGUUGGGCACUCUCAUAUUUGUCUGAUGGUACAAAUGAUAAAAUUCAAGCUGUCAUUGAAGCUGGUGUCUGCCCCCGACUUGUAGAGUUACUGCUCCAUCCAUCUCCUUCUGUGCUAAUUCCUGCUCUUCGUACAGUCGGGAAUAUUGUCACUGGAGAUGAUAUACAAACUCAGUAUAUCAUCAACCAUCAGGCUCUUCCUUGCCUUCUGAAUCUAUUGACGCAUAAUCAUAAGAAGAGUAUCAAGAAGGAAGCUUGUUGGACAAUUUCAAACAUCACUGCUGGAAACAAGGACCAGAUACAGGCUGUGAUUGAUGCUGAUAUCAUUGGUCCUCUUGUCCAUUUGUUGCAAACUGCUGAGUUUGACAUUAAAAAGGAGGCAGCCUGGGCAAUCUCAAAUGCAACCUCUGGUGGCACCCAUGAUCAAAUCAAGUAUCUGGUGAGCCAGGGUUGCAUCAAACCUUUGUGUGAUCUCCUCAUCUGCCCAGAUCCAAGGAUUGUUACUGUCUGUUUAGAAGGGCUUGAAAACAUCUUGAAGGUUGGGGAAGCUGAGAAGAACUUGGGCAACAGUGGGGGAGUUAAUCUUUAUGCCCAACUGAUUGAUGAGGCUGAGGGAUUAGAGAAGAUUGAAAACCUACAGAGCCAUGAUAACACUGAGAUCUAUGAGAAGGCAGUGAAAAUUCUUGAGACAUAUUGGUUGGAGGAGGAUGAUGAGACAUUGCCCCCAGGUGAUGCUGCUGCCCAACCCGGUUUCCGCUUUGGUGGAAAUGAACUUCCAGUUCCUUCUGGUGGUUUCAACUUCAGUUGAAGGGCUAUGGAAUGGUGGUUUGAUGAUGCAAGAAGUCCAGGUUGCGGCCAAUGAGGAUAUAUGUUGGGGUAGGGUCGGGGAAGGUCCUCACGUUGUCGUCGUCGUCGUCAUGUUUCAGUCCUGGUUGGUCCAGUCUCAGGUCUGGUUCGGGAGGUGCCAUCGGGGGUCAGUUGUACGGUGGUCAAAUAAAGGGACCGAGGAUUUAUUGUGGGCAUAGUAUGGUGUUUGCGUUCUAUACUGUGGGAUUCUGCUCCUUAAUAGCAGGGAGGCCCCUAACAAAAUUUCAGUCUGAGUCGGAAUUUUUUUCCUCUUGUUUUAUUCGUUUGUAGUCUUAGGGGUUGUAGUGACAGUCGCAUUCUGUGUCUUUGCGUAUUGUUGCGGGGUGAUAUUGAUAGUCCCAACAUCUUUUGCCUGGUGUACAUCAAGGAG